AUGCGUACUGCAAUAAUAAGUGUACGAAAACGUUUCAUGGGACUAAUCCAACAGAAAAUGUAUUCUAAUAAAUCGAGUAAGAAUGCUUACAUGAACGAGCUGCCUGUACCGUGCGGGCCCUGGGACCCGUGGUAUAAAGCAAAGCAGAGUUUCUACACGAAGCACCUUGUAGCUGGUAUUGUUUGGUGGUUACUAUCCCUCGGCUUGGCUCUGUACACAGAAAGCAUCUAUUUGAACUUUAGUCCGCCAGCGCAGCCCGGCCCGCCUAGUGACAUGGUGGAAGAAUGUGACGAUUCAGAUUCUUAG